AGACUUAGACUUAAACUUAUUUAUAACUUAAGUUAGCUACGAUUUUGCGCUAAGCCUUUUUUCAGUUUCUCCAACUGAGCGACUUAAUAAUUUUGCACACGGUAACUCUAUCAGCUGUUUCUUUAAAUAGUAGUCUUUUUCCUACGUUUUGGCUGGGUUGUCUAGCGUGUAUAUUUCAAAUAGUUAUGUUCUGUUGUGAUUCGGUAUACGUUGUAAUAUUUUACUAAGAAUUUGGAAAUAUGUCGCGAAAAUCUACAUUUAAUGCGUCCGAGACGAACAAAUUGUUUGAAAUUUGUGGCAAAUACAGUAGUGUAAUUGAAUGCAAAAAAACUGACUGCAUCAGUUCAAAGGAAAAAGAAGUUGCAUGGGAAAAGAUUACGCAGGAAUUCAACGCCACAAACGAAAUUUUACGCGAAUCCAAGGAACUGAAAAAAAAAUAUAAAAACAUAAAAUAUGUUACAAAGACCAAGGCAGCUGAAGAGCGGAGAGGCAUCUAUGGCACUGGUGGUGGUCCUGCAACACCUUCAACCCCUUUGACAGGUGUAGAGGAGAGGAUGUUGGCAAUGUUAAAUGACAAAGAGAUGGAGGGUAUUGCGAAUACUUGCGAUUCAGAUACUGUGCUGGCGGAUGUUCAUCUUGCUGAAAACAAUACCAGUACUUCACCCGCAUUGGAAACACCGCUACCCGGUCCUGCCACACUAAGGAAGAAGAUGAGCGCACCACUGUGGACACCUCGAAGACUGUGUGACAAAAACCCGAAGACCUCGUCCUGGGAGAAUCUGGCUUCUAUCAAAAGCAAAUGGACAGAGUCUAAAUUCCAGGCAGACGUUGCUUUGGCAAAGAAGGAAGAGGAGAGAGUGGAGCUACAAAUGAAGCUCAUGCGCGAAAGGCACGAGUUGGAGGUUCUCCAACAUAAGGAACGUCAGGCCAUAGAAAUGGAAAUACUUAGCGUUCGAUUAGAAAAAGAAAAAUUGGAAUUAAAAAAGUUAUAUAACGUGUAAAUAUUUUUAUACUCGCAGGUUCUACAAUUCACUUCCGAGUAAAUUUCAACCAAUGCCAAUUUGAAUCAAAGCGGAUUUUAUUGAAAUUCACCCGGCCGUGAAUUAUAGAACCUCCUGAUAAAUUCAUAUUUGUAUAUCGCCUGCUGCAAAUGGACGAACAACGCCAGAUUUUAUAAUGUAUUUCAAAAACGCCCUAUCAGCUGAGAAUAUGUUGAGAUAGUGCGUGUUUGAAGCGGCAGUUGAGAUAGAGCGUUUUUGAAACAAAUUAUAAAAUAGGGCCUUCUUCGGCCAUUUGCUAAGAUAGGCCGAUCUUCCAAUCAGCAGACAAUAUACAACUGAGUGCAUGGUUUUUUUUAAAUAUUUACAAUGAUUUUGAAGUUUAUAAAGAAGUUGGAAAAUUUAAAAAAAUCAAAUUUCGAACUCCUUAGGCUGGUGUCCGGUUUCACCAAUAAAUUUAAAAACUUAUCAGACUGAACAAAUUUGUCAUUUUAAAUU